AUGCCACAAUCAUUUACCUCGAUCGUCAAAGCUGGUGACUACAUUUUAAGAACUCCAUCUCUUCGUAAUACUCUAGUGCCAAUAGCUAAUCUAUUUACCGAAUUGUCUGGCUACAGAAAAUUAGGUUUAAAAAAGGAUGACUUAGUUAGUGAAGAAAAUCCAAUUGUACAAAAGGCUCUAAGAAGAUUAGACCAAGAUGAAUCGUAUGCUAGAGUAUACCGUAUUAUAAGAGCACACCAAACAGAAUUAACUCAUCAUUUGCUACCAAGAAAUGAUUGGAUCAAAGCUAAUGAAGAUGCUUCUUACUUAUUACCUUAUAUAUUACAAGCUGAAAAAGAAGCUGCAGAAAAGAAUGAAUUAGAUAAUUUACAAGUUAAAUGA